ACAUGGCGCCGACGAUCCCAAUUACGCUGUGUCAAUCUGUUGGCAGCCAAGCUGAAGUAUUUUAGAGGGAAUGCCGUCUACUGUUUGUAAAACUAAGAGCGUGAUUGUUGAAACUCUUUAUUGAAAAUGCUUUAGAAUAUAUUACUUGUAUAUUGCUUAAUUUUUUGAAGUUUUCAACGCUGUUACAGGCAUGUGUUUGGCCAGCUAUGUGGGGCGGGUUGAGCGUGAACAAGGAAGUGCGGGGAUCUCGUGCGCGCGCGCGCUGUUCUGUAGUUGCUGGCUCGUCGAAAAAAAAAGUUGACCGGAAGCAGCAGGCAACCAUCUGUCUUUCUCUGACGAAGUCAGGCCGCCCCUUACCACGGUUUGGGGCUGAAAAUAGUGACAGUUAACACCGCCACGACCGUGGAGAAGUGCCGAAGUAAACGGUUUGUCUUGCAUCAGCAUCGUUUUCAUUGGCGCCAAUGUAAUUCGGUAUCGAGUCGGCUUUCCAACACCCUGACGGAGAACACUGGAGUUGCCAUGUAACUCAGACGACGCACAAGCAAUGCUACAAGAUGAAAAGCCGCUUGUCGCUUAACAGCCCGUGGGAUCCCUCUGCAUCCAUCUCAACAUGAGCUCCAAAUGGGAGCGUCAUCUGAUGCCAUAGGUUCUCCAGUGGACUGUUUCACCUAUUGCACGCACAAGACGGCAUUUUCUGGCGCUUCAACCUUUUGCGUCCAUCAGCAGUCUGUCGGCCCCCGGGGAAGGACUCAUGUAAUCGUGUCGGCAGACCAUCAACAACAUGGCGUCGGCGUUCUUCACAGUUCCAGUGAGUACCAUUGGGGCCAUCAUCCGGAAGUGGAAAGAACACGGCAUUACCAUAAACCAGCCACGGCCAGGUGCUCCUCGCAAGAUUUCAGACAGAGGAGUCAAAACAAUCAUCAGAAGGGUUCUCCAACAGCCCAGGACCACUCGUGGAGAGCUUCAGAAAGACCUGGAAUCAGCAGGCUGCUGAAGAUGAAAAGAGGGUGGAUCUUUCAGCAAGACAACGAUCCCAAGCACACAGCCAAGGAUCCUUCCAGAAACCACAAGUCCUACAGAGACCUGAUCACCAGUCUGAGACCUCCACUCAUCCCCUUCACUCCUCUGCUGCUUAAAGAUUUGACUUUUCUUCAUGAGAGUUGUAAGACUUUUCACGGCCAGCUGGUCAAUUUUGACAAGAUGCACAAAGUUGCCGACAUGGUGCGAAGCAUACGAAGAUACCGUAGUGGACAACUGGCCAUGGAUAUGGAGACGUCGCCAUCCCACCUGCAGACCAAAGCGUACGUGCGACAGCUGCAGGUGAUCGACAACCAGAACCAUCUCUUCGACCUGUCCUGCAAACUGGAGCCCAGAGACACGUAGAGAUGCCAGGACGCGUCCCACCUCCUCUUCCUCCCUCUCAGCGAACACGUUAAAAGCUUCUUAACAGGCAGCCAAUCAGGCGAAGCUUGGCAGCCAUCUUGUCUCCUUCCUGACCAUAGACGACAUGUAGUCGCAGUUUGACCUCCACCCAGCUGAUGAGGUGAGCCUAGUGAUGGAUGAUUUAUCUCUUCAAAGGUCAACCUCUGACCUCAGGGGCGUGUCUUUCUUCUUAAUGAAUGAGGAGGACAGCAGAGAAGUAAACAAAUGUUUAGUCAUUUCUGUCUGGGAAGGUGUACCGUGACACUCUAUGGGCGGCGCUUGUGCAAUAACAGGAGGCGAUGCACGUCUGGUGUCAACCAAGCAUGUCGACGACGCUCAGGGCUCCCAGGUUUUGUGUACUUUUUGUGAUGAUGAUUAAGACUUAUUUUUCUUCUUUCCCUUGUUGUCUUUGGAUCAUUUCGAUCAACAAAGACAGAGGGAUAUUUUUUUAAACGUUGUCUCAUUGCAACGCUAAAUGACAUCACACGUCUGCUAGUUGACACCUGGCGGGGCUCUGCUGCGGCCAGUCCUGGAUUCAAGUCAUUCAUUUCCAAAUGUUAAACAGGUGUCUCAAAAGAUGACAAAAUUCCAAUUCCAAAAUACACAUGACACAGGGUAUGAAUGUUGGGCUGCGCGGCGGAUGAGUGUUUAGCAUGUAGGCCACACAGCGAGAAGAUCCGGCUUUGAUUUUCUGCUCGGGCAUCUCUUUGUGGAGUUAGCAUGUUCUCCCUGUGCAUGGCUUUUCUCCGGGUAAUCCGCUUUCCUCCCCAGUUCCAAAAACAUGCUAGCUUGAUCGGCCACUCCAAAUUGUCCAUAGGUAUGAAUGUGGGUGGGAACGGUUGUUUGUCGAUACGUGCCCUGUGAUCGGCCGGCCACCGGUACAGGGUGUACCCCGCCUCUCGCCCCCAAAGACAGCCGGGAUAGACUCCAGCAUACCCCCACCACUAUAGUGAGGAUAAGCGGUGUAAAAAACGGAUGGCCGGACAGUAUGAACUGUUUAAUCUUGAGUCCAUGAAUGAAAGAAAUGAAUCAGUAGAUGAAUUUACCCGCUGACUAAAAUAUCUGUCGGCGAGCCAGGGCUGAUAGUGAGUAACAGCGCCUCCCGUAUGCUCAAAGUGUUAACCAAUUAGCGUUGUCAUAUUGAAACAAGAUCGGCAUCCUUGUGUUUUCAGAUCGAUUUAGAAGAAGUAUUUUGACCUGUUAGCAUCACAGGUAGUCUCAGGAAACUCGCUGGGUGUUGAAGCCUCCUGCCGGACAACAUAGAAACAUUCAAAGUAGACGUGAACGGCCGGUCUUUGCUGUAAAACUCAGGCGUGUCCGUUUGUAAAGGUCGCGUAUGGAGUGGCUGACCUUGAAACAUGUACAUAGUGUGAGUGUGUAAAUACUUCCAAACGAAAGGAGAAUCUAUUUUAAAGAUGUUUGUUUCACGUAGAGAUGAGAUUUUAUUCACGUGUGUUGUUUACAUUGUGCCAAACCGUGAGCCAUGACAAGUAAAGAUCCACGUUAGCAUGACGAUGGUAUUUGUCAAGGGUCGAGGAGCGAGCUACACGAGCUGGCAGUGCUGUAGCAUUUGCGCUUUCAGUCGUGAACUUGUAACUUUGUUCUCUGAAAUGUAACCAAGAAUUUGUAUGCUUUAAAAGUAUGGAGACAACCACCAAUAUUUUUCCAACCUUUUUCUUUGUAAUGAUUUGGCACUUUAAGAUGGCAUUCCUAUUUUGAAACGAUGCAUCACAAUGUUGUUUCCUGCAGUUGCUCAAAUAAACCUGAUGAAGGCGA